AUGAACCUGGAUAAUUUGACGUUGGAGAUUUUUUCCAAGUUGGAGCAGAAGUGGUUGUGCCACUAUGAUGGGAAGAAGACGCGUCUUUUAAGCAUUGACGGCGGAGGAACUACUUGCCUUGCUGCCGGUGCCGCGUUGGUUCACCUUGAGUCUCAGAUCCAAGCGAUGACAGGUGAUUCUCACGCACGCAUUGUGGAUUUCUUCGAUAUUAUCGCCGGCACGGGUAUCGGCGGUUUUCUCGCUGCUAUGAUCGUCGCCGACGAUGGUGUCGGCCGUCCACUGUUCUCCGCGAAAGAUGCAGUUAAAUUUUUUAUGGAUAAUCAGGCGAAGCUUUUCAAGGAGAAAAACGUCGGCGUUUUUCGCCGCCGACAGAGGAAUGAGCUUUCAGAGCCAUGA